AUGUUCAAUCCAACAAAUUAUGAAUAUGAUUGUACACGCAAUUGUCGUUUGCGUGAACAUGGAAAUGCCAUUACCAAUGCCCUUACUAAACGUUCCAUUGACGAUGAAAAGUUGGCUGCAUAUGUGGCGAAGACAUGUUGCAAUUUUGCCGAUAUUGUUGAUGAUUUGGGCCGUUCCGCCGUCCAUUUAUCCGCUUCAGUGGAUCGUUAUGACAUAUUAGAGUGGCUUUUGAAUCAUGGUGCCAUUAUCAGUGGCCGUGACUAUGAAUCGGGUAGUACACCCCUUCAUCGGGCAAUAUUUUAUGGUUGUAUUGACUGUGCCAAUCUGCUGGUGCGUUAUGGUGCCAGUCUUGAUAUUCUAGAUGAGGAUACCCGCUCGCCACUGCAACAAGUUUGUCGAAUGUGUGAUUUUCCCAAACAGUUUAAAGCAUCACCAAACAACGAACUACUCGUAUGGGGUUCCAAUAAGAACUACAAUUUAGGUGUCAACAAUGAUCUGGGUCCCGAUCAUUUGCCAAGCAUGUUGGAUUACUUUCGAAAAGAACAAAUAUCUAUAGAAUCCGUUGCCCUCGGUGCCUAUCAUAGUUUAUUUUUGGAUAAAAAAUCACAUCUCUAUUCGGUGGGCCAUGGUAAAGGGGGCCGAUUGGGUAUUGGUAAUGAAAAUACUUUAAGUGAGCCGAAAAGAGUUAAAAUUACACUGAAAAACGCUGGAGAAGAAAUUACCUGUAUAAGUGUAUCACGUAAACAUUCAUUGGUUCUGACCAGUCAUUCCCUUGUAUUCGCUUGUGGUCUUAAUGAAGAUCAACAAUUGGGUGUACGUGAUGCUGGUGAUAAACUGUUAAAUUUCAAAGAAGUUGUCUCGUUAAGAGAUCAAAAUGCCCAGGACUUGCAGAGGGUCAUUGCGAAGGAUUUUCAUUCCCUGGCCUAUUCAGAGAAAUGUAUAUAUGUUUGGGGUACAAAUUUGGGUCAGAUGGGAUUUGAUGCCAAUACCAAAACGGUGCCCGUUCCUAAAAUGAUGAAAUUACCUGCCAAAACUUCCAUACAAUUUGUUGAAACUAGUAAUGCUGCCACCGUGGUUGUGACCAAGGACAAUAAUAUUAUACUAUUUCACAACUAUAAAAUGAAAGUUAUCAAGUCACCAAACUAUGAAUCCCUGAAAAGCGUUGCUGUAAUUGAGGGCAAUAAUCCCAAGUCAGACAAGGGAACUGCCAGUGCCCUCAAAUUGUUGAUUCUAACCAAAACCAAUGUGGUGUUUUUGUGGUAUCAAUUGACACAAAACUUUUAUAGAUGUUCCUUUUCCAACAUACGUCUAACACAAAUUGACAAAAUCUUGUACAAAGGCAAUCAAGUUCUAAUUUUAUCCCAGGGAGAUGUUUACAAAGGCAAAUCCCAACAAGUACCACUGCCACCAUAUUAUAACAUUGACGAAACAUCAGGACAAUCAAAAGAUUUGGGAAAUAUUUGGUCACGCAGCGACUAUCGUUCAUCGGAAAUGGCCAAAGAUUUUAUGAUUCGUAUUGAUUUGCAACAUAUCAAACAAAUUGAUCGUGCUGUUGAUAUAUUUUGUGAUGAUGAUUUUGCAUCUUUUGCCUGCCUUCAAGAAUCUGCAAUGAAAUAUUUUAAAUUGCCCACCCUCAGCCCCGAAGAAUAUACAUUUAAAAAGCUAUAUCAUGAUGUAUCGGAGUAUGAUGGAAUACAUGAUUUACUAUUUCAUGUAGAUGGUGAAAAAUUUCCCGCCCAUAAAAUUCUAAUACAUGCUCGAGCGCCCGGUCUAAAGGAAUUGAUUGCAGCUUAUGAAGAUAAGGAUAUCUAUUUGAAUAUACAGCUGCUAACAUCGAAAAUGUUUGAAAUCAUAUUGAAAUUUAUCUAUACAAAUUAUUUGCCAAAUGAGCAGGAUCUCGAAGAUAUCCAAAGUAGUUUACACACUGAUGCCCCAGCUGAAUUAGCUGACGUCUGCGAAAUCUUUUUAAAUUUUGUGGAACAAUUUCAUAUUACCAGUUUAGUUAACUAUUUGAAAUUUUACUUACAACAACGUCCCUUCUAUUUACCACACAUUGUGGAUAAGUCGAAAUAUCGUUUUAAUCGCCUGCGCCAUACCGACUUCCCCAAUCUCUACGAUAUACGGAUUAUCUGUGAAAACAAUGUGGAGUUACCCGCACACAAAUGUAUCCUUGUGGCACGUUUAGAAUAUUUUGAAAUGAUGUUUACGCAUACCUGGGCGGAGCAGAGCACAAUUAAUUUAACCACCGUACCCUAUGAAUAUAUGCUGGCCAUUGUUGAGUUCCUUUACAGUCAAGAUGUUGAACAUUUUCGUAAACAACAAUAUCGUGAAUCUUUCCUCUAUAAUAUGAUUGUAUUUUGUGAUCAAUUCUUUAUCGAACGACUGCGAAAGGUUUGUGAAAUUCUAUUGCUGGAUAGAAUUUCGAUAAGAAAAUGUGGUGAUUUGUUGGAAUUUGCCACUAUGUAUAAUUGUGACGUGUUGCGUAAGGGCUGUUUGGAUUUCAUUUGUCAAAAUUUGGCACGCGUUUUACAUCAAGGGAGUCUUUACAAUUAUGAACCGGAAGCCAUUCGAUGUAUUAAUGCCCACUAUAGAGAAAUGUUUAAAAACGUAUUUGAUUAUCGAAUGAUUACACCCAGUUCCGAGGCAGUGGAUGAUGAAUGCCUGCUGAGUUUUGUUGAAGAUUUCCAGGUGGAUUUAAGCUAUCGCAUGGAUUUGGACGAACAUUCUAAAUAUUGUUAUAUGAAUAGAUCCAAGGCACAUAAGGAACAUAAAAGCAAACAAUCAACGACCAGGCAAUAUGAAAGGGAGGCCAUAACCUCAAUGAUGGAAACAUUAAAUAUGUCGGAAAAUAAGGAGAAGGAGCAGGGAAAGGGCAAUGACAAAUCGUCAGUAAUUAAGGAAGCUGAAAUUGUGGCAAAUAAAUUGCAAGAAGAAGCCAAAUCAUGGAGAAAAGUUGUUGACAAAAAGGAACAAAAGAAAAAUGUGGCAAUGCCACACAUUGAGGCUGCUAUAAAAACGAAUGAGUUGAUGAGGCAAGAAUGUGUGACAACAACCAGCAAUAAUAACACCGCAUUUACUAGUCUUAAAAAAUCUGUAGAAUUACCCACAGCAGCCACAAAAGAUAUUUCACCUGAAAAGGACUUAACCCCCAAGGUAUCAUACAAUAUAAAUCUGGCGGAAUUGACCACAUCGCCCAGGGAAAAAUUAUCACAAAAACAACGUAAACGUUUGUCAUCGGAAAAUGCAAAUGCCGCAUCAUGGCGAGCACCCAUUAGCGAAAACAAAACAAUCCCAGUACCACAAAAUGUUUGGGGUACUGUACCACCGACAGUGGGUCAAUCACCAAGUGAUAUUGAUUUUGAGGUACCCACUGGUAGUGCAUCUGAUCCCACCUCCUUUGCCAAUAUGAUGCGGAAUAAUAGUAAAACAACGGCAACAUCACCACCCACGGCAGCAGGGUCAAAUAGUUUUACACAAAUUUUAGCCGAAGAAAAACGACAAAAAGAAUAUUAUGAACGGGUGCGUAAUAAAUCGCUGGCCCUAACCCAGAUUGAGGAGCAGGCCAUUGCGGAAUUACGAGAAUUUUAUAAUGUUGAUAAUGUGGUUGAUGAAAUAAUUACCAUUGCAAGAAAGCCUCAACCAACUACAAUUAAUUUUGCCAUAUGGCAAAGGAAUUGA